AUGUUUAGCGGGACGCAGCAGAAGUGCAAGGUGUGCACCAAGACGGUGUACCCGAUGGACCAGCUCUCCACCGACGGCGUCGUCUUCCACCGCUCCUGCUUCAAGUGCCAGCACUGCAAGUCUACCCUCUCCUUGAGCAACUAUUCCUCGUUCGAAGGAGUGCCGUACUGCAAGGCCCAUUUCGAGCAGCUGUUUAAGGAGACCGGGAGUUACAACAAGAGCUUCCAAUCGCAAUCACCCGCAAAGAUUACUCCGGAAAAGUUGGCCCCUGAGCUGACCAGAUCACCAAGCAAAGCUGCAAGGAUGUUUUCAGGAACACAAGACAAGUGUGCGACUUGCGGUAAAACCGCAUAUCCUCUUGAGAAGUUGAAGAAAAGGCCUACCAUAAGUCAUGCUUCAAAUGCUCCCACGGGGGCUGUGCGAUUACACCUUCCAACUAUGCAGCCUUGGAGGGCAUCCUCUACUGCAAACAUCAUUUCUCUCAACUUUUCAAGGAGAAGGAAGCUACAACCACUUGAUCAAGUGCUUGCGUCGGUCAAGCUGGCGCUGCUGAAGCACAGCCACAACAACCAGCCUCUGAUUCAUCCUGAUCGUGCCAUUUCAACAGUGGGGUUUGAAGGCGAGAGUUGGGAAGCCUCCUGUUUUUACUUAAAACCGCAUGCUGUCGAAAAGCCACCCUGUUUUGGGAGGGUUCUGCCUCCCGGAAAGGGAAAAGUGAAGCAGCUCUCCCAGGCAGGGUUAACGGUUACACUUCAACUAGCUGAGUUUGUUCUUGUACGGUCUUGUGCGCAGAGAACCGCCGUAUUGCUGGAUUACGCUGAGCACACUGACAUGAGUGCCUCAUGCUUUAAGCAUGUUCGAUGCAAAUGGAAGCAUUGGAAAUUGAAAUGCCCGUGA